CCCGGAAGCGGAAGAGAAUCUGGCCGAGGCUGGAGGAGAAAAGGGUGACUUCUACGCAGGAUUGUCGGAACGAGUUUCGCGUGUCGGCCAGGCGAGAAUUUAAGAGCGAUCCGCCAAGAUGGGGAAAGAGUUCGGCAACCUGAUGAAAACCAGGCACAUCGUCACCUAUUACCUGUCUCCCUUUGAACAAAAAUUGUUCCCGAACAUUUCCCACAGGAUCUUAAACACCUGGAGGCGAUUUAGCUCCUCGGUCUUCCGGGUGGUGCCUCAGUUUGUCAUUGGGUACAUGAUUUACUCCUGGGCAAACGACUACAAUGCAAAGUUGAAGAGGAAAAACCCAGCUGACUACGAAAACGAUGUGUAAGGAGAGUCGUUGGAAAAGAAAAUGUCUUUCAGCUUUUUUCCGGUUCUGAAGCUCUGACACAUAGUUGUAAGAACCCUCGGAUCCAAUAAACCUCUUUUGUGUUCCA